GGUGCGGCGCCGCGGAGAGCGGAGCGCUUUCGCUGUCACCGAAGCUGUCGGGACGGAUUGAUGUAUCACACCUGCCGCAGUUACCAUUUCACUUGGCAAAGUGCCUUCGACAUAACCAGUAAUUUUACUAUUUUCACUUUUUUUCCGGUUCACGUGUGUUGGCACACGGAGGGUUGCCUGGUCGGUUUUGCUGCUUCAAGUUAAGUAGAAAAUCAUUGAAAAGAUAUUUCCAGAUAAAAAAGCACAAAUACCAUACAAUAAGAGAAGAGGGGAGGACUGGGCUCCGUCGCUACAGAUGUGUUGGUGAACAGCCGGAUUGCGCCGAGCGGCCGCUCAUUCAUGAUUUUUAAUUACUUUAAAAAAUCGGAUCGUGUCUGUAAAAGGAGCGGAUGCUUUCCACUGGGUCCUGGCUUUUAAACAUUUGUCUGGGGCUUUUCGAAGUCUCAGCCUGAUGAAGGGAAAAUAGACACAGUGGUUUUCGGGAGAGCAGAUGGAUUAAGCGUGGCUAUUUUCUGAAGUCAAGGUCGAGAGGCGGUAGCGGGGCACCAGGAUGAGUAAGAGAGUGACGCAGUACAAAGGCAGAAGGGCAUUAGUUCUAAUGAUCUGCAUCAUUACCCUGUGGGAGAAGGCGGUGGCGGCCACAGGCAGCCAGAAAGUGCAGCACGUCCGGACCGGGACCUGCGAGGUGGUGGCCAUUCACCGGUGCUGCAACAAGAACAAGAUCGAGGAGCGCUCGCAGACCGUCAAGUGCUCCUGCUUUCCCGGGCAGGUUGCCGGAACCACCCGAGCCGCGCCCUCCUGCGUCGAUGCCUCCAUCGUGGAGCAGAGGUGGUGGUGUCAAAUGCACCCCUGCUUGGAUGGAGAGGAGUGCAAAGUUCUGCCUGAUCUCAAAGGCUGGAGCUGUGCCACUGGUAACAAGAUCAAGACCACCAAGAUUUCCUCGGACAGAGACCAGCUUUGGUAACCUUGACAUCGCAAAGUUGCAGUCCCAGGUAGAGUAAUGCGACGGCAUCAAUCAACUGUGUAGCUCCAAGUUUCCUGUAAAUAUAAGUGGUUGGCGAGGUGAAGACCCCGCAACCUCUUGGCUACUGAGAUGAACUGAACAGACCACAUGGAGCGGCUUGGAGAAAGACAAUGAAAGAAGCAGCGAUCAGGAAAGGAGACUGUCCACUACAGUUCUACGGUCUUUGCAGCGUUGGACAAGUUUAUGUCUUUUAUAAACAAACGACCAGUUCUUCUCAUAGUCGUAUUUCUAAUGGUAACCCUAAAUUGUCAUUGAGUAUGGUGGUGAACCAAACAAUUAACAACCCACAUAUACAUAGUAACUAAGUGCUCAGUUUGGUUAUGAAGCUUCUUUCUCUGAAAUGCGUUAUGUGUACAGUAUAAGGAAAGCCUAGCUGUUCCCCAAAAAUGUUUCUGUUUUAUGAAGAUGAAAGGAUAUAUAGUAAAACUGGCUUUAAUUUAAAGAGCCAGAUUAUUGAAAGCCGACUAAUUAAUAUAUACUUAUUUAAUGAUGCUUUUUCAGCUGGUUGCUAUUUUCUUCCCCUCGCUGAUGCAUUUUUACUUGUGAAGUGAUCAAUAACAUUAUAUAAUAAUAAAUUAUGGUUGUAAUCAUU